AUGCCCACCGACCGAGCCUUAUCUGAAACCUCAACCACUCCAUUCGCUACAGAGAGCGAAUUUAUCAGCGACUCGGACUCCUCCUUGGAGGCGUCAUGGAAAUCCAACCUUGAGGACUCUACACUGAUGGCGGCUCCAGCAGCAUCGGGCCAUGUCCCGGCUGUUGACGCCGACCCCACGGCCGAGAACAUAACAGUCGGACAGCGCAUGAUAUCAGCGACCGCGGGGAAUAUCUUCACCGGCCUACUUGUUACACCUCUUGAUGUUGUGCGCGUUCGUUUACAGUCACAGAAUCAAUUCACCAACCUAUCCCCAUAUGUCUCCCAUACAACAGGAAGCCUGAAGAAUCUACCGAAGAACCUUGGAAUCACCGCCUGCUGCCGAGAGGUAUUUUGGGUCGGAGACAAUGCGCAAAUGUGUAUGGUAGGGUCGCAGGCUACUAUGGUCUCAAGCCAGGCGCAUCCGGCCCUGGAUUGCGCCGUGGAAGAAACCCAGCGACGGACCUUCACCUCGACGCUGGAUGGACUGCGGAAGAUUGCCCGGAAUGAAGGUUUCCUCACGCUGUGGCGAGGGCUCAGUGCGACUCUUAUGAUGGGCAUCCCAGCAAACAUUAUCUACUUCGCCGGAUAUGACUGGCUACGGACGGAUGACCGCAGCCCAAUCAGCGCUUUUGUCUCCGACACAUACGCUCCGUUUGUAGCAGGCGCCGUCGCCCGGACAGCUGCGGCCUCCGCAACCAGUCCCGUCGAGAUGUUCCGCACGCGCCUCCAGGCCACCCCAGGCACCGGCGCGGGCCAUUUCAAGAACACUUUGAGCGACCUCCACCAGAUGACUCAAGUAAGGGGCUAUGCUUCACUCUGGCGCGGUUUGUCCCUGACUAUGUGGCGCGAUGUUCCCUUCUCCGGUCUAUACUGGUGGGGAUAUGAAAAGGUCAAGGAAGGUCUGGAGUCAGCGCGUCGAAACGCGCCGCAUAAUCCUGCUUCCGACCGAGUCACCCCUUCCACAGCCACUGCUUUCCUUGACAGCUUCGUUGCUGGUGCCACUUCAGGGUCAGUCGCGGCUCUAGUCACUACACCUUUCGAUGUUGGAAAGACCCGACAGCAGGUCUACCGGCAUAUGGAUGAAAUCAUCCCUUCCUCCUCCUCAAAUCAAGCUCCCCGCCUUCCAAAGACCGUUGUCCCGGAGCAGCUGUCUCUUCCGAAGUUCCUCAUGCAUAUUUAUCGAGAAGAAGGAGCAGCUGGACUCUUCCGAGGCUGGUCAGCACGCUGCCUCAAAGUCGCACCGGCGUGUGCGAUCAUGAUCUCGACAUAUGAGCUUGGAAAGCGCAUGGCACGAGAGGUCAACGAGCGGCGACAUACCGAUAAUUCGUGA